AUGGAAGGUGCAGAGGUUGAGAAGAAAGGAAGCAAUGAAUGUAUGGAGGGGUACGAUCGAGACCGCAUCCCUUCAUCUGUAUUCUCAAGGAAAUCAGGAACGCAGUGGAGCGGCACCUCAGGCGACUCCUUGUUCAGCAUUCAUAUGGGGAGCAGCAGCUUCUCCAACGACUACGCCAUCAUCAACGACAAUAAAUCCACCGAGCUACCGCGCCUCGACGAAUGGCCUGCUCCUGCUCAUGAUCAUGAACUCUCUGUCUCCCUUCCUCCGGUCAUGGAGCAAGAAGAAGGCAGCCUCCACUCCCAAGAGUCCUCGUCUCAACCCCCCAACAAACACGCCAUAAGCCAAACCCCCGUCACACCAUCUAUUAGCCCCACGCUUAAUUCUAAGAUUUCCGAUGCCAGCAACACCUCCUUUGCAUUUCCGGUGUAA